AUGGUCGAAGCUGUCCCGUUGGCGCCACCAGAAGACGGCGUGCGAGCUAACUGGGUCUUCCUCCUUCGCUUCGGCUUCGUCACCGGCCUCAUGGAUAUGGAGCAGCAGACCGCCGUGCUCAACUGCCAGAUAACACUCACACUCGUCUACCCCAUGUACAUCUACGGCUUCACGUCGUUCACGGGCGUGUACCAGACGAUCUUCGUGAUCGUUCUGCCCAUUAUCAAGCUGAUCGCCAAGAACUGGGUCAGUCGCGCCUUAAGGGGCCACAACGAUUUGAAGCCGGAGGCCGUCAUUUUCAACGUGGAAGUGUUUAAUGCGCUGUACAUUUCGAAUGCGCUCCAAGUUGCGUCAACGCAAGCUUCAACGAUCACGAUUAUGGCUGUUGAUCUCAUUCACUUAUGGUUAUCGAUAUAUGACGUCGUGAGCAUCUUGAAAGAGGUGAAAGUACUGAUGGCCAAGAUUCCAGAAGGCCACCCGCAUGCCAAGGAAAACUUUGUGCAGUUGGCGAUGCACUUGCUAGAUAUCGAGACGCGACACAUGAGUCGAACAUUGAGCCAUUACACAGACGCCUCUAGGCCAGAUUGGCGAGCACAAGUCGAAAAUUGGGUGAGUUCCAAGGCAUCCGCCAACGCUAACCCGCUAGCCGGACUACCUGAAGACGAAGACGAUUCAAAUGAGGAGAUCCCCACUCCAACUCGCAAACCACCACGUGGAAAUCGGAUUUUUCCUUUGAAAUCACCACAGCUUCUAGGCUGCGAGGACAAGAAACAGCUAUCUAUGAUAAUGCCUGACUCAUUGCUGCAACUCGAGGCGACUUUUUCUAGAGACGAACGCGCCACCUUCAUUCGGGAAAGCGCUCGCGUGCUGUUCAUCACCGAGUAUCUCGUCCUGGUCGAGUAUGUUGAAGUGAUGCUACCGAUUGUUUAUUGUGCGCAUCACGCCAUCGUCUACAACAUGCACAACCGCGUAUACUACCCUGCAUGGGACAGCCUUUCACCGUCAGAGUUCUCGUCGACAAUCUCCCACGUCCUGAUCUACAGCAUGUUGGAGUUCGUCUCAUUGCUCGUAUCAAUCGCUGUUCUGAAGCGGACACUGGGGUUUUCGUCCAUGCGUCAACUGUCGUUCGUGCUGGAGAGCCAGGCGGGGAUCAUACAGGGAAAAUUACUCAUUCUUUUGAUUUACGUUAUGGAGAUCUCGUUGGUGCACAUCGGUGCUGAUUUCAGCUUCAAGUUUGCUUGGCUGCACGCCCCACCCAAUUGA